AUGAGCUCGCGGUCGGGGUCAGGAUCUAGCCAUCGUACGGGCAGUUCGAGUUCGCGUUCGCGUUCUGGCGGCAGCUCGAGCUCGACGUUGGGCCGCAGCUCGGCCCUGGGAAGCUCCUCUGCUUUUGCCAGUUCGUCCUCUGCUCUGGGGAGCUCUUCGUCUGCUCUCGGUAGUUCAUCGUCUCCUUUUGGCAGCUCAUCGUCGGCCCUCGGCAGCGGCAUUGGUAGCAGCAGCUACAGGUCAAGCAGCGGCCUGUUUAGUGGCAUUGGUUCUGGGUCGGGCACAACAUCGUCGGGCAUCAGCAGCGGCAUCGGCGCCGGCACCACGUCCGGAUCCGGCAGCUCCCUGUUCAGUGGCAUCGGAUCCGGCACGGGGACGUACAGCUCGCCGUCCCGGCUGAGCAGCAGCACCGCCUCGGGGGGAUCGAGCAGCAGCGGCUCGACGAUUCGGCCGGGCCGGUCCGGCUGGGUGCCUUUGCUACCGUCGAGCUCCACGACCAGCAGCCUGUCCACGACCACCGGUCUCGGGACGGGCUCCGGCUCCGGUUACAGCGCCAGCCGGCUGGGGCUCGGGUUGUCGUCGUCGUCUGCGUCGGCGUCGGCGUCAUCGUCGUCUCCACUGCGCAGCUCCUCCACCUACGGGUCCGGGUCUGGAUCCGGUGCCACCAGCAGCAGCAGCUGGGUCCCCAGUCUCAGCAGCACGUCCACCAGCAGCAGCAGCAGCAGCAGCAUCGGCACGAGCUCGUCGACGAGCGGCAGCGGCUCGUCGUCUCUGAGCUCGCCGUAUGGCUUGCAGGGCUACGGGUCCAACACGGGGACCUCUCUGCUCAACGCGUACGGCGUCGGCGGUCCCUUGUCGAGCAUUCCCACGAGCACCGGAUCGGCCACCGGGGGUGGUGUUCCGUACAGCUUAGACUAUGCGGGCCCGAGCUACAGUUUUUCCAGCUCGGGCUUGGGCUCUGGGACACUCACGGGCUACGGGUCCAGUUCCUAUGCGGGCUACGGCUCGAGUUCGAGUGGCUAUGGCAGUUACAGUGGAAGUGGCAGUGGUAGUGGCAGCAGCAGCAGCACCACUACCGGCAAGAAGAAUUGGUGGGAUAUUUAA